AGCAGCUGUAGUCCAUUCCACCUGAAUCCGCGCCGUUCUUUGCGCAUGUCUGUUCUCUCCACCUUUAAAAUCCCAGCACAGAAGGAAAGAGGAGAAAGGGAGGCGACCGCACAAAUACAAUGAUCUCAGAAACUGACAACGACAAUCCGAAGGCCGACAAUCUCCGAUCCGAAGCCAACUAUUGCCAACACUCCCCCGUCUCCUCUCCUCCCGAGUCUGGCCAGCUGAGCAGUAGGCGGGACACCCAGACAAGCAGCGGCAGCAUCAUCCCGGAGGAGAGCGGCAGCAUCCAGCCCCUCGUCUCCUCAGCCGCGGCCGCCGCCUGCAUCAUGACAUCGGGGGACUUCAUCCAGACUGCCCCCCUACUCGCGCACAAAUCCAAGAGGAGCCUGCUGUAUAAGGUGCUCUGCUUCCUCCUCCUCAUUUUCCAGGGCGGCAUUCUAGACUUCUACCUCAUCAUCUUCACCGACCUGUACUGGUGCUCAUGGAUAGCCACCGACCUGGUGGUGAUCUCAGGCUGGGGCAUUUUCUUUAUGAAGAACGCGCGGAGCAAGAGGGAGCGGGCCUGCGGCUUCCACCAGAAGAGCUCCAUCUUUGGCUGCAACCUCGGGGAGUUCACCUACGCCUAUCUGGCCUGGCUCAUAUAUGUCAUCGCCUGCACUCCGAAGGUGGUGCUCAUCCUGGAGACCUCUAUCCUGGACCUGAUCGCGCUCAAGGUGCCGUGCGGAGUGACCGGCUUUAAGAUUAUCAUGAUGCUGUCCGCGCCGCUCCUCUUCUGCCUCAUCAACUCCAUCAUCGAGGAUUUAAACGGGGCGACGCGGCACCACUCCCAGAGCUGCUUCAUGAGCACUUGCCUGGACCUGGUGGACAGCUUCACGCUGGUGGAGAUGCUGCUGAGGAACGAGAUCCCCACCGUCUAUCUCAAGUACACCGUUAUCUCGGUGUAUUUUGUGACCCUGGCGGUGCCGGUUAUCUGGCUUUACGAGCUGACGGCGUCGGAGCUGCGCUACCAUUGGCUAUGGGCCCGCUUCUCCACUGGCCUGGUGGUCAACGCACCACUGCUGGUGGUCAGGUGUUUCCAGGUGUAUGUCUACAAAAUGCCGGUGUCGGUGUUCAUGUUCAAAAACAUUUUCUUUGUGGUGUGUAAGUUCCUGGAGCUGGUGGACCAGUGUGUGGCAGUGCAGGAGGUCCGGAGGUUGGGCAGCGUCAACAACCCGGCCCAGUUUUCGCACUGCGUGUCCGAGAACGACAUGUGCCCGCACGGAUACGUCAACACCCUGGCCGUCACACAGUCCUAGUGCUCAGGAUGAGGGGUCCGCCAUGGCUGUCUGCCUAGAGGUGAUGGAAAGUGUAGAAGCGCUGCGUUCGAGACAGCUGGAAAUUGGAAAACCUCUCUUAGGUCCCAAUUACAACCCAUGAAAAUCAGGCCAACCAAUGUGCAUGUACCACAGCGCAGGAAAAGUCAUGCAUUGUACUUUUUUAAAAAAAAAAAAAAAAAAAACAGAAUUAGCUAUAAUCACAAUUAAUAUUAAACUCAAAAACUGAACUCAAAUAGUCUAAAUUUAAAAGGAUCCCCCACAGCCAAAUUUCCUCUAGUGGUGAAUCAAGAUUAGUGCUUCCACCUCAGUACAAUGGGUUUUGAUUUGCUAAUUGGAGGCCUCAAGACAGCUGCUUAGUAUUGGUUCAAUUAAGGGCUGGCUCUGAUUCAUCACCAGUGCAAACUCCUUCAACCAUCAAGUUCAUAUGUUUAAGUUGCAAAGAUGUCCCUUACAAAAACUUUCAAUAGGAACAAACGGUUUACUCAGUCAAAAAGAUCAAAAAGCAUCUGCUUUUUUUUAUAAAAUAGCCUCUAAGCUGUGUUUAAAUGUUGCGUGCAAAUUUGCAUAUAUGUAUUUCUAUGACAUUAUCCUGCACUAAUCAGCUGUAUGACUGGGAACAGAUCGUUAGCUAUUUUAAAUAUUGCCAAGUACCAGCUGCAGGGCCCGAUUAACCUGACAGCUACUGGGCCAUAACAUAAAAUAUAUCUGUGGGUCCCCUGUUGAGAAAGUCGUUGAGGCCCUGUAUUAAAUUUUGACACAUCUAUAAUAAGGGGCCCCAUAACUGGAGCUCUGCUCUAUAAUCCAGCUGUGAAUAGUUGUGUUUACUUAAUAACCACACGAGGAUUUAUGGUGAAUAUCACAUCACAUGAUGCUAAUAAGUCUAUAGCUUCAUUACUAUAGGUAAAGCAGUUUGAGUCUGUGCAGGUGGUAAUAGCUUAUGUUGCUAUGUUGGCAUGAAGUCAGAUAACUGUACUCCUGAAUCCUUGGAGCCAACUAAUCUUUGGAGCUCUCUAUUUGGAAUUUUUUCCUUUUAGAACUGAUGACAUUUUACAAAACAGGAGAAUGGAUUUUACAAUUUUUGGAUAUGUAUGGAACGCAUCAUCUGUACCAGCCUUACAACCCUUCCCUUUCCAGGCCAGUCUCCAGGUGCUACAGUCAAACACAAACCUGCAACAGCUUACAACAGUUGGAGACCAAACACUGGACCUUGUUGUGUUGUGUGUGUGUUCAGUUUGUGAGUUUUCGUCGCUGCACUUAAACGAAAAACAAGAGACUGCAGCUGGAUUGUGUGUGGACUGGUAUGCAAAGUGCAAUUUGAAGAAUGAUUUGACUCACGAAGACUCUGCUCCAUCUGUACACUAGUAUUUUCUAUUGAUGACAGUGUUGUCUGCUGGUCCGUGUUGGUUCUAAAUGCUGUGUCCGGUACUGAGUGUAGGAUAGACACGUGUGUGUAAGUUAAUGCCAUGAACAAACAUCCAACAGUGCCAUGACAAACAGGUUUUCUACAGCCCUUUUCAAAUGGAGUCCUGAUCAACAAGACUUUCUGUUGGUACCCCUGGCUAUGCUACUGUUUAACAAUUUCUCUCACGUCUUGGAUCAUAUAUCUUGAAAGAUUACUGUUAUGUGUUUACUGUGACAUUAUCACUAUGACAUACUUCUCAGGCUCAUCUAAGGGCCCAACUCUCAGUUUAUCCAAAAACAGCCUUAUAUUCAUUAACAGAACAGUACAUAAACAGUAUCUCUUCGUCACUAAAAGGUCAAACCAUGUAAAAAAUUAGCAGACUCUGUUGUCAGUUUCAACACACUUAUGAGUCAAAUAUGGGAUGUUAGAUAAUUGGGUUACAAUCUUAGUACCUUAUAUUAAAAAAAAUAAAAAGUUAAAAAGAAGGAAAAAAUGAGUGAUGAUAAAAACCCAGCAUGUAAUCAUAUACUAAGUAAUUAUGACAGUCUGUUACAUAGCCAAGUCAAUUAUAAUAUCCGAGUCACAGUUUUAACCUGUAAGUCAUAACUUUUGAAGGCAUCAGAUCAUCAGUGCUCAUUUGGGUUGUUUUUGAGGGCGAUGAGUUGAAGGACUUGGGGACAACUUCUUGGUGCAGUGACAACAUACUCUUGGAAGCAUCGUCUUAAAGGCUCUAUCCUUAUGACAGUGCUGCUAGGUUUGAACUCUGACUCAGUUUACACCUGCUUCCAACUGCUAAGCUAGGCUGAACAGGUCUCAGACCUGUCUGUGGUUGAUAGACAUAUAGACAUGACACCAACAUUUACCUUUGAGUAAGACAAGGCAGUUCGAUUAAAAGGGUUCAUUAAAUUUAACCAUGAAAUUUAAACAAAUUAAAACACACAUGCUGUAUCUACUAGCAUGUGUGUUGAAAAAAGGCUUUUUUAGAGUGUAUCUAAAAGUUUAGAUAUCAUUGAGUUGAAAUGAGACACAAACUGUGUCCAUGUGCUGCGUCAAACAAUGCACAACAACAAACAAACUCCCUUUCAGUGAGUUGGUGCAUUAUUUACAGCAGGACAUUGAUUAGACUGACACCAUAGCUGGUUAACAGUAUAUAUACAUUGUUAUAUCUCCAUGAUGAGCUCUUCCAUAUGUUUGAAGCAAUGUACUGAACAAGCAUGACUGAUCAAAGUAUAUUAGAUAACUAUAUUUCAGUGAAAAUGAGUGAAGACAUUGUGCAAUAUAAGUCAGAAGUGUCUGAACUGAUUUUAGUGCCUAUUAAUUUGGAGCUGAAUGAAUGCAAAGUUCAUGAGGUAAAUAUGUCUUGGGUGACAUUAAGCAAACGAUUCAGCGAUGGUGCCCUUGAAGAAUAGUGUUGGGGGGAACUUGUUUUGCACAAGGUUUGGAGGGUGGGAGGUGGGAAGAGGGAGCAACCAGGUCAGGGUUAGGGUAACCAUUUUUGCUAGCUCGAAGGAUGUUGUCAGAAAGCUCUUGUGCUUAAGUUUGACCCAAACCAGAACCAACCCUAACCCUGUUAGUUUUGUUACAUAAACCUAACCAAACCAUUACUGAAAACUGAAAAACGGGGCACAAAACCCGUUCUCCUGGGUCCUCUGUAUGACCCAACCCAAAUCCACAGCAACCUACAGAUUUUAUACUACAUGACUGGACUUCAUAGGUUGCGUGACCUGACUUUGAAAAGGCUUUAACCUCCAAAAGCUAAAUUCCUGAGGGUUAAGUUCUCCUAGUACGGUGCACAGUGUAGGAGGACUGCGUAGUUCCUGUUAAAAGGGAGUUUUUCCUUGCCACUGUCUGCUUGCUCGGGGGUUCAGGCUCGGGGUCUCUGUAAAGCAUCUAGAGACAGUUUUGAUUGUAAAAGGUGCUAUAUAAAUAAAACUGAAUUGAAUUGAAUUGAAUGACUGAUGAGGAGGAAAAUCCACCAUACCAGAAUUUUGUUAAGUUAUAUCCCCUUUACUACAAGUCACAAAUACCUCACAUUAUUUCUGACAUUUUCAAAGUGCACAGUAAUACUUUACAUAUUGGCCUGUCUUCCAGGCAGGAAGUAGUGUCUCAUCUUUUCAAAUCAGCAUUAAAAUUUAUCUUGCGGACUUGCAACCUGCCAAACCAUCACUUUGGAAAUCCUUUCUCAUAUUUGUCAAAGUUAUGCUUAUAUUGUAGUACAUCUUGUAAGUAUAAAUGAUUUGUGAUGAUUUCAAUGAUUUGUGCACUGUUCACCCUGGAAGUCCUCUUCUGUUACAAAGCAGCUCCAUAAAAGAGCCA